UGGCAUCAACGAGAGAUCACCGUCGCACUCCGAAAACUAAACUGCACGACAUACUCAGACAUAGGAGCAUGUCUUCAUGUCUGGUCUUACACUAACUAUUACCAUCAAAAAAUUUGAUAUAAUUUCAUUGUAAGAAAAAAAUGCGAAGUUGUUCAAACACGCGACCACCUACCCAUGAUUCCUCGCGGGAUCAGCUGUUGCGGUGGUGUGUUUUUGCCCUGCGGUUUCUCCUGAGGAAAAACCUCCCCUCGGUGCUGUGUUUUGGUGUCAGCGACCUCCGCAGCUUACAGAAGCUCGAGGCUGCUAACACUUGCUAGCGAGCAUCAUACGCGUCGACUCCCUGACAGCGGUUCAGCGAGGCCGGGGAAUAAAAAGUUAAGGGUCACCCAGGAGAGCCGACAAGUGACACCCUGCCAGGAUGAGUGGGGAUGACGUGAACCCAGCAGCAGUCCCUCAGCCAGUACAAGAUGUUCAAGGAGAUGGACGGUGGCUGUCACAGCAUUCAAGGUUUGUACAGGAGUGCAAGGAUGCUGAGCCAGACGUGCUCUUUGUGGGGGAUUCCAUGGUACAACUAAUGCAUCAGUAUGAGGUGUGGAGGGAGUUGUUCUCCCCUCUUCACGCGCUCAACUUUGGCAUUGGAGGGGACACCACCUGUAACGUACUGUGGAGGCUGCAGAAUGGAGAGCUGGAGAACAUUCGCCCCAAGGUGGUGGUGUUGUGGGUAGGAACCAACAAUUAUGAGCACACAGCAGAGCAGGUUGCAGGAGGAAUUCUUGCCAUUGCAGAACUGCUCACUACUCGCCUCCCCAAGGCAAAGAUAGUUGUCCUGGGUUUGUUGCCUCGAGGGGAACGGCCCAACCCACUCAGGGAGAAGAACGCUGCUGUUAACGCUCACCUGCGCUCCUGGCUGCCACGGCUGAGCCAGGCUCAGCUCUUGGAUGUGAGCAGGGAGUUCGUCCACUCCGAUGGAACCAUCAGCACUCAGGACAUGUUUGACUUCCUUCACCUUACUUCAGCAGGUUACGACUCUGUGGCCAAGCCCCUCAGUGACCUGCUGCUGCAGAUUCUUGAGGAGACGCCAGAGGAGAGACGAGCAUCGCUGGUUUGAGGGCUACGGCCACGAAGCACACUUCUCCAGAGGCAUGUCUCAUCUCCUGCUGCUGCAGUGGCUGAGACAUGCCCCUGGUACCUGAAGGAGGAAGGGCUCACGCUCAGGGGGAUGAAGAAACCUGAUGUGAGUGGGCCCACGUGGGGUGUGGGAUCACAUUCUUGAACAGAGGGUUGGGUGUGGGAGAGGCGGCGACGCGGGAGAGAGACCUCAUUACCGACGUAGACACUGUGAUUGCAGUAGUAAUGUGAAACGGAUUCACCAAGUUCGUGCAACUCUUAAUUUUAGACUAGAUUUAAUGAGAUCACGAGGGACUGCAGUGGCACGUGCACACAAAUUAAUCUCGGCACGUGGACAAAACGAGCGUUUUGUCCCUCACCUGUACUGCAGGAACACAAAGCACCAUCUAAUUUAUUUCUUCAUGUUUUAAUAUCCAUAAAACAAUUCCUUGGCAAGUAUCUCUGUCAAACACAUGUCCCUGCUCAUUGUGCGCUUAGAUGGCAGAACCUUAGUCAACACUGGACAAUGUUAUGAGUGUGGCCAGUACACCAAAGAGCAGUGGUUUCCAACACAGAGGGGGUCCAAAUCCUUCCCUUGAAGGUACAAAUAAACUUUCAUUAGUCAGUUUUAAGAAUAAAGAGAUAUUUCUGCUACACUUAAAUCUCUUCAGUGUCAUUCAAUCUCCCAAAACUCAUAAAGAAUCAAUCAAGUUACCCCUCAACAGUCCACGAGAUGAAAAGCAACUGCUGCAGAGAAGAUAGCGCUGAGAUGCACGCUGUUUACCAGUGAGCAGUAUCUAAAAGAACUAACUCUUUUUUGCUUAAUGUGUAACACUGCAAUGCAUAGAGCAUAUUAAAUCACUCUAAUAGUUUUUUCAGUUCACUAAUUAUGUCUUUAUGUACGUAAACAACUGCUCUGCGAAGCGAGAGCACUUAGUUUAUUUAAUGUUCACUUUUGAACUUGAUGUGUAACUAUUGUUUGAAACUGUUAAUCACUAUGAAAUGUAUCACUGCAUAAUUCACUGCUACACACACACACACACACGCACACACACACGCGCGCGCAGAUUAAAAUUAUUCUGGUUCCUGUGUUGCGCAAAUGUUCAGUUCGAGCCACAUCUUGCUGUUCGCUUCAUGCUUGUUUGAAACUGAGCCUCAGCUUAAAUGUAAAAAGGCUUCUGUGUUAUAUUACUCAGUCAGUGAAUGUCACACAUUGCUGCAUAUUCAUUAGUGAGAUUUAUGCUGCUCAAUCCACUUCUCUGGUAAUCUUUAGGUCUUCCAAAAUACCUCCAGCCUCUCUGCUAAAGUACGAAGCUUCUGUCCGAGCUAGCAGUAGUGUUUACAUUGUGGAAUAGCGUCAUUAAUUAGAUUAUUUGAAUGUUUUUAAAAUAGGUUAUAUGCAUAAAAUGUGCUGCUUUUUUGCAACAGUAUGCUUGAUUUUGUUUGUCUUAUAAAGCAAAGUAAGAAGAUUGGAGAAAAUCAGUGGCUGUCCUGCUUUUGUUUUUUCUUUUUUUUUCCUUUUUAAAGUAUUUCUGAUCAUGAAUAAUUCCUGAGUUAGGCUGAUUGAUGUGCUACAUACUGCAUUAUCCAAAUGUUCAUACUCAGACUCUCAGACCAGCUCUCUCUCCCUCUCCCUGCUUAACACCUAGAUGUACAGUAAUCUCUCCUCCUCACUUCUUGCCUCUUUACUUGUGGCCCGUCGUGUUUGUGGUUGAACCUCGCCCGACCCCGCCAUCCUGACUUACUUCUGUACAUGGUGUAGUUAUUGAAGGGGGAGAGUCUAGCCACAUGGUUACGCUGAACGUACUAUAAUCAUGCUAACUACUAUAAAGCAUCACAGGCCAUGUAAAGAAAACCUUUUGUCUGUGAGCUUGCUGCAGCCGCCUGUUCUACACUGUUUGCGACAAAGAGUCUGCUGUCGAGCAUCGAGAUGUCAAAUGUUACUGCUGUCUUAAGCUCUGCACAUUUGUGUGACGUGUUGAAUAUAAAUGGUGUACGUGUGCGUGCCUUAAGCGUUCAUGAGGGCGGGUGUGUACAGCGUGUCCGGUACCGGAUUGUGUGAGUGUCAUGAAAUGACAAUGUUGGGGAAGAAUGAUGUUUGUAGGCUGGACUCUGUGUUUGCUGUGACACAGUAUUUGCACUGUUCUGGCUUAUUGUUAUGUUAUUGAGGUAAAGCAUUCCAAUAAAUAAUAAAAUAAUAAAAACAA